UAUCCGGCUGGGCGUCUGUGCUCAGGGGCGGGCCGCGGGCGUUGAGUUUCCUUGGCUGCGGAGCUGGCGGAGACGCGAAGUUACCCUGGCCCGGAACGUCCUGUGCGGACCAGGCUCUUGGCUGGCUGAGCCCCCACUGUGGAUCCGGGCGUGGAGGCUGCCGGCCCGGCCUUGGUCCCUCACGCGUCAGGGCUGCGGAACGGUACAAACUCAUCGCCCCGGUUCCCUCCGCCCGGCCCGGAGGCCGCGUCGCUGCGAGGGACUCAGCCCCGGACCGGCAGGUGCCGGGCGCCCGCGGACCCUCCCUCUGUGGGGCGCGAAGCCUCUCCUGGGUGGGCGCGGUGGGAGCAGCAGGGAGCCUCUGCCCGAGGCCGCGCGGGAUGGCCAGCGGGUCCCCGACAGCCGCGUGUUGGGGGUUGUUGUCAUUCGAGGAUGUAUCUGUGGAGUUCACCUGGGAAGAAUGGCAGUUACUGGAUGCUGUGCAGAAGCACCUGUACCGGGAUGUGACUCUGGAAAACUACAGUAAUCUCAUAUCUAUGGGGUACCAUGGUGCCAAGCCUGACUUAAUCUUCAAGUUGGAGCAAGGAGAAGAGCCGUGGGUAAUAAAGGCAGAAGUUUCUCAUCAGAGCUGUCCAGAAGAUUGGAAAGAAUGGUACCCAAAAAGUCAAGAUGAGCUUGAAAGUGUUGAGAGAAGUUAUACUUGUAAUGCAUUUGGAAACCUUCAUCUGAGGAAAACCCACAUUUCUUCCAGACAAAGGCUCCUUAAAUAUAACACACAUGGAAAAAGCUUGACACAAAACUUAGCUUCAGCCAGAAGCUAUCUAGGACAGAAUCCUGAUCAGUUUCAUGGGUAUGAAGACUCAUAUUUUCUGAAGCAUCAAAGAACUCAUAGUAUAGAAAAAAACUGUGUAUGUAAUGAAUGUGGGAAGGCUUUCCGUUGUAAAUCACAGCUCAUUGUACAUCUCAGGAUUCAUACAGGAGAGAGACCCUACGAGUGCACUAAAUGUGAGAGAGCCUUCAGUGCCAAGUCAAACCUCAACGCCCAUCAGAGAGUCCACACAGGAGAAAAGCCCUACUCCUGUAUUGAGUGUGGGAAAGUCUUCUCUUUCAGGUCGCAGCUCAUUGUCCAUCAGGAAAUUCACACAGGAGGGAAACCAUAUGGUUGCAGUGAAUGUGGGAAAGCUUACAGCUGGAAAUCGCAGCUUAUUUUACACCAGAGGAGCCACACAGGAGUGAAGCCCUAUGAAUGCAGUGAGUGUGGGAAAGCCUUCAGUCUGAAGUCACCAUUCAUUGUGCACCAGAGAACUCACACAGGAGUGAAACCGCAUAAGUGCAGUGAAUGUGGGAAAGCCUUUAGGAGUAAGUCGUACCUCCUUGUUCACAUUAGGAUGCACACGGGAGAGAAACCCUAUCAAUGCAGUGACUGCGGGAAAGCCUUCAAUAUGAAGACACAGCUUGUUGUGCAUCAGGGAAUUCACACAGGAAAGAAUCCUUACCAGUGUGGCGAAUGUGGGAAAGCCUUUGGGAGGAAGGAACAACUCACUGCACAUCUGCGAGCUCAUGCGGGAGAGAAGCCCUAUGGAUGCAGCGAGUGUGGGAAGGCCUUCAGCAGCAAGUCGUACCUUGUUAUACACAGGAGAACACACACAGGCGAGAGACCUUAUGAAUGUAGUUUCUGUGAGAGAGCCUUCUGUGGGAAAUCACAGCUAAUUAUACAUCAAAGAACUCACUCAACAGAGAAGCCCUAUGAAUGCAGCGAGUGUGAGAAAGCCUAUCCUAGGAAGGCAUCACUUCAGAUACACCAGAAAACUCACUCAGGGGAAAAACCCCAUAAAUGCAGUGAGUGUGGGAAAGCCUUCACUCAGAAGUCAUCUCUCAGUGAACAUCAGAGGGUUCAUACAGGAGAAAAGCCAUGGAAAUGCUCCGAAUGUGGGAAAUCCUUCUGUUGGAAUUCAGGGCUUCGUAUACAUCGAAAAACUCACAAGUGAGAAGUCAGAGUGGGGUAGAUGCUAGGAGCUGAUCCUCAGGAGACUUCGGAUGACAAUAGGGGCAGAAUGUCCCAAAAGUUCACUCUUAACAAAUUAGUCAUAUGGGUCACAGACCAGUCGUAUUUGGAAUGAAUGUGCAAAAGCUUUCAAAAGUAAGAUAUACAAAUCUUUAUACACAAGAGAAUAGUUGAGGGAGGAAGGAGCAGUAACCAUAUCAGAUGUAGUAGCAUGAUUAUGAAGAUUUAAUUUGGGGAAUUCGUAUUGAGAAGUCCUUAUAAAUUGAAUAAAUCAAGAAAGUACUUUCCCACAGGAGAUGUGUUACCUCGGGAGUCACGUUCCAGAUCUGAUGCUGUUUUAGAGUAAAGAGAGUCUGGGUGGAGAAUAAAGUUGUUUUUUAUCUUAAUAUGUAACUAGAGUAAUAGCAGGAAAACAGCAAGGAACACAUUCUGAGGGUUAAGGGGUAUGGAGUGUGACUUUCCUGAGUAACAUUGAAUAGCAUUUUAAAAAAUUUUGGUAUUUUAUUUUUAAAUGUAACUUGCUAUAUUUGAUAGUUCGUGGAAUAACAUCCUCCAGUAUUCUCCAUAUUA